UCUUCCUUGGCAGAAAGAUGACUUUCAAGAUUGCUGUAUACGUUGCCUUGUUGGCUGUUGCUCUUGCUGACUCUGGCCCUAGAUACAGUCCUCCUACUCCUUCCUACAGUCCUCCUCCUCCAACAUACAACGCCCCUGCUCCAGCCCCUUCUGGACCAGCACAGUACGACUUCAACUAUGCUGUGAAGGACGACUACUCUGGAAACGACUUCGGUCACCAAGAAAGCCGAAACGGAUAUGACACUCAGGGUACCUACUACGUCCAGCUUCCUGAUGGUCGUCUGCAGACGGUGACCUAUACCGUAAACGGCGACUCCGGUUACGUAGCUGAAGUUUCUUACCAAGGAGAAGCCCAGUACCCAGCCCAGGAGCCUUCUAGGUCCUACCAACCAGCUCCUUCUCCAUCCUACCAACCUGCUCCCACCCCUGCCUACGGCUAAUCUUUCACAUCGAUACACUAGAUCCUGUAAAAAGAAUAUGCCUUUAAUUGUAAAUAAAAUACUUUGUU